GAUGAACGGGGGGCUUGGUCUCUUUGGAGAAGUUGGAGGACCCGGUCCGAUGUUUACCGGAUACUAGCAGUAUGAUUUUAUCUGCCCCGUAGCUCCAGGAUGGACCCGUCGUAUCGGAUCGCGGCAAAGCACGGCUUGUUUCCGGGGGACACACAAAAAACUGUAAACACAAUCGUUGUCAAUUCUCGAUUGAUGGGGUGAAAUCACCUGAUGGGUCUCUUAAGGACCCCGUUCACACUAUCAAUUGUGGACUAACGGCAUUCUGGGGGCGAAAACACCGUAAGGGUCCUACAGUUUUGGCAUGGAUAUAUGUUUACAAUACCGCCCGCGCGUGACAAUGGCACGCGAGACACGACUCGCUGCGGUGUUCACUCGAAAAUUGGCAAGAGUUGACAUCGAAUUGUGAACAGACAUCACUUUGGCAGUGUUCAAGAUAGAGAUCAUGGCAGACGUCAAGACACCUACCGACAUUUCGUCGAGUCCGAGGCGGAGCGUCGAUGCUGCGCCGGAGAAGAACCUCGACGCAGAUGAGAUUCGUCUGGCGCAGAUGGGCCACACCCAAGAGCUCAAGCGCCACUUCAGCACCCUCAGUCUCAUCGGCCUCGCCUCAACGACGACGAUAUCGUGGACAGGCCUGGGCCUGGGCCUCAUCACCGAGAUCAACGCCGGUGGGCCCGGCGCCGUCAUAUACGGCUUCAUCCUCGUCACCCUGCUGCAAUGCUUCCUCGGCGCGUCGCUGGCCGAGUUCGUCUCGUCGUAUCCCACCGAGGGUGGCAUGUAUCACUGGAUCGCCGCCGUGGCGCCGAGGAGGCUGACGGGUGUCUUGAGUUUCUUCACUGGCUGGUUCAGCGUGCUUGGCUGGAUCUUCACAACUGCGUCGACGAACUUAAUCUAUGCGCAAGUUCUCAUGGCCUUGAUCGCGCUCUAUCACGGAGACCUCGAGAUCCAAGCGUGGCAAACGUUCAUCGUGUACCAGGGGCUGAACCUCAUCACUGCCGGAAUCGUCAUGUUCGGCAACAAGAUCAUUCCAGGACUGAACAAGUUUUCGCUCUUUUACCUGCAAAUCGGCUGGUUCGUGGUCAUGGUCACCGUUGCGGCAUGCGCCCCGACGCACCGCAACACCGAGUUCGUGUUCCGUACGUGGAUCAACAACACCGGCUGGGAGAACCAGGUCGUCUGCUUCAUCACCGGAUUGGUCAACCCUCUGUAUAGUCUCGGUGGACUCGAUGGAGUAACCCAUAUCACUGAGGAGAUGCCGAACCCGUCUCGUAACGCACCCUUGGCUAUCGCCAUCACGCUUUGCAUUGCCUUCGUCACGGGCAUCACCUACCUGAUCACCCUCAUGUUCUCCGUCCAGGACUUUGACGCCCUGUCCACUACCAACACUGGGCUUCCGCUGGCUGAGCUGUUCCGUCAGGUCACGCAGGGUGCUGGAGGAGCGUUUGGUCUCAAAUUCAUCCUAUUCGUUGCUCUGGGCCCCUGCGUGGUCAGUUCCCAGUUGAGCACUGGCCGUGUUUUCUGGGCUUUCUCCCGUGAUGGCGCCAUGCCCUUCUCCCGAAUCUUGUCAAAGGUCCACUCCAAGUGGCAGAUUCCCAUGAACUCUCAGCUCGCCGUCACCGCAGCUGUCGCAAUUUUGGGCUGUCUCUACCUGGGCUCGUCUACCGCGUUCAACUCUCUUCUCGGCUCCGCCGUUACCAUUAACAACAUCUCCUACAUGUUCCCCAUCGUCACAAACCUUCUGACGCGCCGGAAGAACAUGCACCGCGGCGUGUUCCACAUGGGGCCGACGUGGGGUCCCAUUGUCAACGGCGUUACUGUCUGCUGGCUGACCUUUGCCAUUGUCUUCUUCUCUUUCCCGUACGUGAUGCCUGUUGAGCCCGCCAACAUGAACUACACCUGUGUUGUUGUUGGUGGACUUACUGUUCUGGUCGGCGCAUGGUGGUUCAAGGCUGGCUCGAAUUACAGCGAGAAGAUGCUUCAAGCAAAGGAGGAGUAAUUAGACACAAGUCACGGGAAUAGAAUCUUCUCCACCCUAGAGAUGAUGGAGGGGUUCUUCGCUUCUCUUGAACUCUAGCAACGGGCCCUCAAUUUUCUGAUGGGAUCUGGCACAUAGUGUAAACUACAUAAACUGAAUACAGAGCCAGAUUGCCGGAUUGGACAAGUUUGUUCCUGCGGGUGUAACUUCGAUGCACGUAACCAUCCCGUCAACCUUACGGUCCCACAGAACCAAGUUUUAGGCACUACUGCACUGUGCUUGGUUUGCAUGGAUGGAGCAAGCAAUUUAGUGUUCCAAGUUGAUGC